CUCAUUAAGUGACCUUUCUAGAAGUGCUUUAUUGUAGCCUUAUUGUAGCCUCCAGGCGUGUUAUUUUGUGAGAAAAUAUCUACCUAGCAGUAAAAGAGGUGGAUACAUCUGGUUGUAGCACCAAAUCUGGUUGUUCAGACUGACUAGGAAUGUAAAGUUACCACAAACACCCAACAAGGCAUUUGGAGAUCAAUUCCACGUUGAUGGCAGUUCUGUUUGCAGACACUGCAAUCUGGAUUCCUUAGCUUAACUGCUUUUGGGUGAAAGUAAAACACAGAGGUUUGGGAAGGUAAAUGGAGUAAAAAUGAAUUUGAAACUGUUAUGAUGGCUCCCCAGCAUUGCCUGUAGGAGAGCUGGUUGGUUUCUGGUCUGCUGUGUGUGCAACAAGCAGAAUAUUCUGCUAGGAUGCAGGAAUCUUCGUCGGUGAUUUAGUAUAGGAAAGAUGUAUCUGUAGAUCUUUGAGCUUCUCCUUCAAAUAAAUAAACAUUAGAUGAUUUGUUCUCUAUUCAAGCUAAGUAUCAGUGUCAUUUCUUAAGUAUCAGUUUGCUUUUAUGUUGAAUAUAAACAGCAGCACUACUGAAUCCCUUUGAUUCCUGUUCUUGUGCGACUGUCUGAUUACUUGUAACGCAGCAGCCUUAUUGUUAAUUAACUAUUUGUGUAAGAAUAUAUAUCUGUAGCUGUUGGUGUCAAUAAGUAUCGCGUGGGGUCGUGCACUCAGUUAUGUUCCAACUCUGUUCGGGUGUCUGUUGAACACAACUUGGUGAACAAUGAAUUUCUUUACUCCAGAGCAGCCUCCGGGUGACUCUAGGAGAAAAGUAAGUGGCGUUUGCAGGCUGUGGUGCUGUGGUUCAUUGCAUGGAGAUUAUCCUUGUGGAAGUUUGAUAUAUAUACAUUUUUCUUUUUACCUUGGUUCUAGUCCUUCAUCUCUAUACAUAAGUGUGGAGAUGGGUUUCACCCUGGCACGGAGGUUUUGGUGUAUGGUUUGCAAACUUGGUGACUGGUCUGGAAGUCGGAACUUCUUCUCUUGGAUUAGUGGUAGGGGUUGGUCCCCCACCCACCCACCUGAGUUUUGGGAUUAUGAAGAUCUCAUUUUGAGCGAUGCUGAUCUCUGAACUGUUUCAGAAUAAAUGGAAGCAGUCAGCUUGCAAGACUUCUGAAAACAGCCCUCAUUUAUUAUUAUUUUGUCAUUCUGAGCCACGUUCCCUUCUGAACACGUAGAUUUUGAUUUCCUUUAUUUCCUCUGGAGAGCAGUUACAUCAGUAACGUGUAAUUUUUGGUCUGAGCUGACUUGACCUCCUGUUGCGUGGUCGUCUUCAGAGCCAAUUCUCUGCACACACACAGAGCUUUGCCUCCUAGAAAUUGAAGCCAUUUGUGAACGUGGAAUUUCUGCUCCAAACCAUACAGCCAAACAGAGCUGCUGAGAACUUUGCCUUUGCUUUUUGUUCUGCAGACCCUGAUGACACACAGCGCCAUUCAUGAUGAGCAGUGCUCAGAGAAUAACAUACUUUAUGGCAAGAUAUAUCUCUGAAUUGCUGCCCACCUGCUCACACCACGUUUGUAGAUCUGUGCAGCUGUUGCUUUAGUUCAAGCUAAUUACUAACAGGAAUUAAGUGUGAUUUGAUUGUAACUGUGUCAGUUCAGGCUGCUGCUAAUUAAUUUUGUGUCACUAUCUGUAAUUUACUGGCACAAACAAAGCUGAAAAUACACAGCACAUGGAAUGUUUCAUGUAAAGUGAUGCAGAUUCACACCUUAUGCUAUCCUGGGAGAGCACUGAGCUGAGCAUCUGUAUUGCUUCUGUUAAAGUACUCAGAUUUUUGGACACAGAAGGGGUGCUGGUGAUUAUUUUUGUGCUUACAGCUAAAUGAAACUUUCUUUUCCUCACAUGGUUCUACAGAAAGGCAAACAGUGGGGGAAGGGACUGGAUGGGAUGAAGGAAUAAGGAGGUGAUGAGGCAGCAGAACAAAAACAACGUUCCCCCUUUCUGCUUCAGAUGAAUGUGAUUUGGCAAAGGCAGAUCUUUGCUAGCAUCACACAGCUCACUUUCACGUGGCAUUUAUAACAGCAGUUAUCUCAGAUCAGUUUCAUCAAACUUAUUUCCAGUUACAACCUGAUCAAUGAGGCUGAAAGCUGUCUAUUCAUGAAAGUCAUGCCAUAAAGCAAGUUACAUGUGACUUCAUUUUGCAGCUGCUUUUGCUUUUAACCAUACACCAAAAGCUGUCCUGUGUGAAACCACCAAGGAGUGGUUUUUUGUUUUGGUUGUUUUUUUUUUGCAGUAUUUCAUAAGUGACAUUUCAGUUUAACUUUCUUUUUUUCCAACUCUUAUCCCAUGUUGAUAAUUUUCUGGUGGAGCUCCUUUUGCAUUAACUCUCAGCUAUUGGUCACUGCUAACAUGAGGACAGACAAAUGAGGCGAGCUCCGAGUCGAUAGCUUCAUCCCAUAAAAGGGACACCAUGAGCAACUUCCUGCCAGACAGCAGCUGUUACGAGUUGCUCACUAUCAUAGGCAGAGGCUUUGAAGACUUGAUGGUUGUAAACCUGGCCAGGUAUAAACCCUCAGGGGAGUAUGUCACAGUCAGAAGAGUUAACCUGGAAGCCUGCACCAAUGAAAUGGUCACAUUCUUGCAGGGGGAGCUUCAUGUUUCCAAGCUCUUCAACCACCCUAACAUUGUGCCAUACAAAGCAACGUUCAUAGCUGACAAUGAGCUGUGGGUAGUGACAUCUUUCAUGGCCUAUGGUUCUGCAAAAGAUCUAAUCUGUACCCAUUUUAUGGAUGGGAUGAGUGAAUUGGCUAUUGCAUAUAUUCUCCAAGGAGUAUUGAAAGCACUUGACUACAUCCACCAUAUGGGCUAUGUACAUAGGAGUGUGAAAGCCAGCCAUAUCCUCAUUUCUGUAGAUGGGAAGGUGUACCUCUCUGGUCUGAGAAGUAACCUGAGUAUGAUUAACCAUGGGCAGCGCCUCAAAGUCGUUCAUGACUUUCCCAAAUACAGCAUCAAAGUCCUACCUUGGCUCAGCCCUGAAGUCUUGCAGCAGAAUCUUCAGGGAUAUGAUGCAAAAUCUGACAUCUACAGCAUAGGGAUAACAGCUUGUGAGCUGGCAAAUGGACAUGUACCAUUUAAAGACAUGCCUUCCACUCAGAUGCUCUUGGAAAAGCUGAAUGGAACUGUUCCCUGCCUGCUAGACACCACCACAAUUCCUGCUGAUGAGCUGACUAUGAAAACCUCUCGUUCAAGUGCAAACUAUGGGCUGGGUGAGAGCAUGGCUGUUAGCAAUGUGAGAGCAGCCAACGGAGAGUCAACCCUGCACCCUUAUCUCCGGACCUUCUCCAACUGCUUCCAUAACUUCGUAGCACAGUGCCUUCAGCGGAAUCCAGACUUCAGGCCAAGUGCAGGUGCUCUGCUUAAUCAUCCCUUUUUCAAGCAGAUCAAGCGCCGUGCUUCUGAAGCGCUCCCUGAGCUGCUGCGCCCCGUCACUCCCAUCACUAACUUUGAAGGAACUCGGCCCCAGGAUCCCAGUGGCAUUUUUGGGCUGGUGUCAAACCUGGAGCAGCUGGAUGUGGAUGACUGGGAAUUCUAGAAAAACAAGAGACUAUAUUUGGUUCUGGAGGAGCUUUCUGGACGCUGUAAUUUAUUGUUCCUGUUCAUAAAAGGUGAUGAAUGUUACACGUAGAAGAGUUUACAGGUCCUUGGGAAGGAACUUCAGCUGCCUGUUUACUUGGAAAGAAGCCUGGAAACAAACGGACAGACCAGAGCUGUGGAGUGUUCUGGUUGGUGCAGUGCCCCAUAUCCCAGUUCUUUCAGCUGAGCACCAGGAGAACACUGCAAUGGAUGGAGUGAAUCUGUUCAGUUAUGGUCUCUUUCCCUGUGUUUCUAAAAACGAGUGGCUUCCUUGUAUUGCAGGUGAAGGCUACAUGACUCUAUUUUUUUUUUUUUUUUUAAUUUUUUUAAAGGGUGCCUUAGAGUUAAGAAGGGGAGGAAAGCAGUUCUUAGUUUGGGGCAUUUUCUUAGAGCUAGUCAGAUUUAUGUUACAGUGUUGUUACUGGGUAACUUCUGAGGGUGGGAAAAGGAGUGCAUUCUUAAGCUUGGUCACUUCUUUAUGGGGAAAACAAGAAACAGGAGAUGACCUGAUGCUGGCCUGGGCACAUUCACUGCACUGGGCGUUCCUCUGCAGUCCUGAGCUGUGCUCCAGUUCUGGAGAGAGCUUUUAAGACUCCUCUCAGCUGAUGCUGCGUGCUCUGAGCUCCGGGUCGGAUGGCAUCCCCACCUCUCCUCCCGUGGCUGCCUGGGUCACCAAAUUCUAGUGCAUGUAAUUCUGUGCAUGUACCAGCUUUUCAAACCUCCCAGAGCACAUCCAGCUCAGCCCUCUGUUAGCUGGGCUGCUUUCACAGCAUGAAAUAUUCAUACCAGCCUGUUCUCAGUGACUUGGCAUGAAGGAAAAGUAAUUUUUACACCAACUCCUCUUAUUCACAACACCUCUUUGAAUGUUAUGUACAGAAUGAUCUUAAGCCCUCUCUUACUAUUGCUGUACCAUCAUCCCUGAAUGAAUGACAGAUUUGAAAAAAAUCCUUUGCUUGCUUUUCACACAGCUUCCCUUGAUCCCUGGCUGUGGCAGCUCUCCCCCAGCCCACAGCAUUUGGUUUUGGAGGUGUGUUUAAGGCUUUCACUUUGACCUUUCCAAGGACCGUGGGUGCUGGAGCUCUUUCUGUUCUUCAAAUGAAGCACUGAGACUCCAAUCCUGUACGUGUGACUGAUGGGAGAGUGGUGCUGACAACAGGUCUUUCUUGUGUUUGUAAACUACUUGAACCCAGAUAAAGUUUGUUACUCUAGUUUUUUGCCAAAACAAAUAAAAUAUUUCUGAAGUUUGUAA